AUGCCGCCCACCGUUGGAGUGGUCGGCGCGGGGCCAGUAGGCUGCCUUGCGGCGCUGGAGCUGGCACAGCGUGGAUUUCAUGUGCAUGUGUACGAGCGACAGUCGCGAGACGCCUACCUAGCAUCGCUCACAUCACCGUAUAGCCCGAAUGAAAUGGUGACUCGCCGAGGACUACAAGCUCUGCGCGCCGCCUCCCGGCCUGGGCCAACAUCGGUGACAGCUUCGCUCGCAUCGUCCAUCCAGGCCCUGUGCAUCCCUGUGGAUACGCGUGAGACCCAUUAUGCCACAUCGUCCUCUCGUCAACGGCUGGGCCCACAUGGCGAGGCUGUGUACUCACUUCGGCACGGUGCGCUUCUGCGUGUAUUGUACGACGCCAUGCAAUCGCAUCAUGCGAUUGAUAUGCAUAUGGGAUGCCAUGUCGAUGCCAUGGACGUAUUAUCGGACGCCGUGUACAUUCACACAUCCUCAGGUCCCUCUCUGCCGCCUCUGUCCACCCGCUGCGACUGGGUGGUCGGCUGCGAUGGAUGGCACUCGAUCGUGCGGCAGCAUAUGGUACGCGUUGCAGACGUGCAUACGGCAACAGAGACUUUGGAAGGCGCAUGGGUCACGUUUGUUGUGCCGCCUGUGCCCUCCUUAUCGACCGUGACUUUCGCCAUGGACCCAGGCAGUGUGCAUGUCUGGACGCACGACACGCUGUGUGUGACAGCGUGUCCCAACCGCGAUGCCUCGUUCACAGCUACCUUAUAUGCGCCAGCGACCCUUCUUUCAGAGGCACGAAAGAGCGCUACAUCGAUGCAGCAGCUCGUCCAAACGCAUGCCCCGCAUUUGUUGCCUUACCUUCCUACCGACACAUUUACACAUCUGACGACGACCACGCCUACCCCGCUCGGCCGUGCAUCGUGUGAGCCUAUGCAUGCAGGCGCCUCUCUUUUGCUUCUGGGCGAUGCAGCACACACACUCACACCGUUCAAUGCCCAAGGCCUCAAUGGCGGUUGGGACGAUGUGCGUAUAUUCAUGGACGAACUCGAUGCCGCGCUGGAGCAUACGCCUCUUGCUGCGUUGCACAUGCACAGCGUCUUUGCGCGAGUCUCGCGUCGCCGUCGUGACGAUCAUGGGCAAGGCGGUGGUGGGAAGACAGUGUAG